AUGGCUUCCAACGGCUCAGGACCACGCACGCUGCCAUGUGGCAUCUACGCGCCCACCAUGACCUUCUUCGACCCCGAGACGGAGGAUCUCGACAUCCCCACCAUCAAGAAGCACGCGGAGCGCCUGGCCAAGAGCGGUCUCGUCGGGCUCGUCACCUUGGGCUCCAAUGGCGAGGCCGUCCAUUGUACGCGGGAGGAGAAAUUGGCCAUCACCCAGGCGACACGCGAGGCGCUGGACGAGGCUGGCUUCACGUCCAUGCCCAUCAUCUUUGGCGCCACCGAGGGCAGCGUCCGCGGCACCAUUGAGCUCUGCCAGGCCGCGCACAAGGUGGGCGCCGACUACGCCAUGCUCCUCCCGCCCUCGUACUACAAGGCGCAGAUGGACGCCGAAGCCAUCUUCAACUACUUCAUCGCCGUCGCCGACAAGAGCCCCCUCCCCGUCAUCAUCUACAACUACCCCGGCGCCGUCUCGGGCAUCGACCUCGACAGCGACACCCUCCUCCAGCUCUCUGAGCACCCCAACAUUGUCGGCACCAAGUUCACCUGUGGCAACACGGGCAAGCUCACGCGCGUCGCGCAGGGCACCAAGGCCAAGACCCCCUUUAACGAGGGCUCGGGGUACAUGGCCUUUGGCGGCAUGUGCGACUUCACCGUCCAGACGCUGGUCAGCGGCGGCAGCGGCAUCAUCGCCGGCGGCGCCAACGUGCUGCCCAAGCUCUGCGUGCGCGUGUGGAAUCUGUGGGCCGAGGGCAAGCGUGACGAAGCAGAGGCCCUCCAGAAGGUGCUGAGCAAAGGGGACUGGCCAAUGACCAAGGCGGCCAUUGCCGGUACCAAGCAGGCUAUCCAGAUACAUUACGGCUACGGAGGAUAUCCCCGGCCGCCUCUGAAGAGGCUCGACAAGGCACAGCUCGCUGCCAUUGAGAAGGGAACGGCCGAGGCGAUGGAAGUGGAGAAGUCAUUGUAG